UGGCCCUCUCGGGGCCUCCCCCACCUCUCCUCCCUCGCCCGGUGGGCAGGUGCGGGGCAGUUCGUCAGCCAGGCGGGUCCCCGAGGGAGGGGGAGGCGUCAGCGGUGACGGAACAGAAGCCCCGAGUGCCUCGGCGCUUCCUCCACGGCCUCGCCCCGGCGGCGGCCACUCGCGCGCCGCUGGUCGGGGAAGCAACGUCCGCUCACUCGGCGCCCGGCGGGCAGCAGCUCCCGCUGCCGCCUACUCGCCGGCCGGGAAACCAGGGGAAGCCUCGGGGCCCAGGGGGGGUGGCGGCGAGACCCCGCCCCGCCCGGCCAGCCCGCUCCUAUCGCGGUCCGCGGCCUGGUCACGCGGGGAGUGGCGCCGCGGGCUCGGGACCAGCGCCCGGCGGCUGCCGGAGUCGCGGCGGGCCGGGGCCGGGGCCGGGGGGCGGAGGGCGGAGGGUAGAAAUAGGGGCGGGCAGGCCGCGUCAGUCCCGGAGCCGCGCGCGCGGAGCCGACUGAGCCACGCCGAGGGCGCCGAGCUAGGCGGCCGAGCCCGAGCACCCAUGCUGCUGCCGCUGGCCUGGGGCUCGCUCCUCUUCCCGGGGCUCUUCGGGCUCUGCGCCUGGGGGCUGCGGCGCGCGCGGCCCGCCUGGACCCACAACGACUGCGUGCUGAUCAGCACCAGGCUGGUUUCUUCAGUGCAGGCUGUGUUGGCCACCGGGUCUGGGAUCAUCAUCAUCCGCUCCUGUAGCCACGUGAUCACCGACAGGCACUGGCUUGCCCGAGAGUAUGUCUGGUUUUUGAUUCCAUACAUGAUCUAUGACUCCUACGCCAUGUACCUCUGUGAAUGGUACCGAACCAGGGACCAGAGCAGCAAACGUCCCCUCACCAUUUUUCGAAACUUCCUAAGUAAAAACCGCCUCAUGAUCACGCACCACGCAGUUAUUCUGUUUGUCCUUGUGCCCGUCGCACAGAGGCUUAGGGGAGAGCUUGGGGACUUCUUUGUUGGCUGCAUCUUCAUGGCAGAACUGAGUACUCCGUUUGUGUCGCUGGGCAGAGUUCUGAUUCAGCUAAAGCAGCAGCACACGCUGCUGUACAAGGUGAACGGAAUCCUCACGCUGACCACCUUCUUCUCAUGUCGGAUCCUCCUUUUCCCCUUCAUGUACUGGUCCUACGGCCAGCAGCAGGGACUGAGCCUGCUCCAAGUGCCGUUCCACAUUCCUUUCUACUGCAAUGUGGCCAACGCCUUCCUCAUCGCUCCCCAGAUCUACUGGUUCUCUCUGCUGUGCAAGAAGGCAGUCCGGCUCUUUGAUGCUCCCCAAGCCAAAAAGGAUGGUUAAUUGCUCCAUGAGCCAGGCAGUGAGGGCGCCUCCUCCACUCAGUAUUCCCGUGGACCAAACUGCAGAUUGUGCCCUGGGUGGCCUCAGCCUUUUGGGUAUUGAUAAGCAGAGGGAUUAGCGUUUCUCUAAAGAAUAUUCCUAUCACCUCUCGUUUCUAACCUGCCCCUUUUGCAAAAGCACUUUUUCCUUAGUAACAACUAUUGGAUCCCGUCAGACCUCCACUGGCAGCAAGGUGGUUUAACGUGAAGCCCAAGGAUCCUUCCUUGGGUCUUAUCUCAAGGGCUCUGGAGGUAGAAGCAUGGGGUGUGGAGAUAGGUGGACCAAGGUGACAAGGGCACCUGCCUGGUCCUCAUAUUGGUGGCUCCCCACCUUUCCAGCCACUCAGGGAGUAUCCACACAUACUGGGCCAGCAGAAGCAAGUGAUGACUUGGUUCUUUUCCUGUGAUGUUGGCCUGGGAAAAUCGUUGUGGGUAGGUAGUUUUUUUAUUGUUUACUAGAUAACCCGUAGGUCCUUUGCCUCAUCCUUUCAUCCAUGUGCCAACAUUGAAUUCUCCUGUCUACCGACUUCUGAUCAGAAGUCUCACUGGCGCGGUGGGGUAGAUGGCAGGGAUGGGAACCUGAAGCACCUGAGUAGGUAGGAAGGCCAAUAGGUCAGCACCUCUGCAGGCUGACUUGGUUAGACCAACAGUCACAGAUACUAUUCCCUUUUUAGCAUGUCCCUCAAGCCCAGAUUUCCCCAUAUCCACACACACAGGAUGCUCUUAUUAAAAACUAUAGGGGUAAAGUGAAAUGAUGGCUACCGAGCUAUUCACUGGGUAACCCCGCUUUGACACUGUCCUUAUCCUAUGAAGCAGAACGGACUGCUGUAUUCCAAACCAUGAGAUGUCUCAUCUAGACUGCCUCCUGAUAAGCCAGAGCUUGUGGUCCAAAGUCUGUUCCUAUCUGACUUACUGCCAUUUAGCCACAGAAGGCUGGAGAGCAAAAGUGCAAGUCAGCCCUGGCCAAAUUAUGUUCUGUAGACUGACUCCUUCACCACCAUUUACCGAUAGGAUCCUCUGGUGCCAACACUAAUUGCUCCUGAACGACAAGGAUGGGUUUUAGAAACUGCUACCAUGAAGUUUUUUCCCAAGCAGUAGUGAAAAACUAGAUUUUUAAAAGUGCCUUUUAAUUCACUGUUGUCUGUGAACUUUUAAAGUACUGAGUGUGUAACAGUGUCUCAAAUUUUGACUAUUUCAGUCUUUAAUGGGUGCCAUUUAAAAACAUAAAAUGCUGUAAUUUUUUUACCGUUUUGUUUACUAUCCGUAUAUCUUUAUAAAUCACCCCUGUGGUGACUAAGUUGCACUAA